CUCCUUCUUAUACCCAGACCCUGGAUGCAGCGAGGCACGCACACACCGGCAGCUUGUCUCAGCUUCCGUACCGCUCUCACUUCUGCAUCUCUGCAUCUCUGGCCCUCCCCGCAGCCUUCAGCCUAGGAUUUUAGCCCACCUGCUGUGUGGAUCAUCGCCAAAAUGUCGGACAAGCCAGACAUGACCGAGAUCGCUCGCUUCGACAAGACAAAGCUGAAGAAGACGGAGACAAAAGAGAAGAACCCUCUUCCCACCAAAGAGACCAUUGAGCAGGAGAGGAAAGGCGAUGCCACACCUUGACUUGAGCACAUGAAGAAAAGGAGCUGAGAUGCCACAGAAAAAAAAGCACUUUCUUUUGAUUAUUCCAGUAUUUGAAUCACCUACAUUGUCUUCAGAAAAGGGUGCUCUCUGAGCUCCCUGGGGUGCUAACAGGAUAUUUUGGCAUCCUAACAUGUGGGGCUCUCUUACAAAUCACGCACACACACGCAUACACACA